AGCACCUGUAGUUUGUAGUCAAAGAGCUGAGUUUGGACCAGGCAUAAAUCAGACCCACACUGGAGCAACUUCUACUGUGCAUCCUGUCCUAUUAUCAAUCACCUGUGACGUCCUAAAGCUGUAAUGAAAUCCAGUGGACCUGUGUUCACAAGGCAGAAUCCCUUGAAGGCAGCAUCCAGGGUGGGGAAGGCACACUACCACCCACCCCGCAACCAGCCCCUGGCAAAGAAAGACAAAAAAACAACUUUGAGUCCUGUACGCUCAAACCAGCGAGCAAGUCCUCAGUUACACAGCCCCGAGAGCCGACAGCAGUUUGAGAAGUAUGACGCCACGGAUGGGCAACUUGUUUUUGAAGAGUCCUGGCCCUCCACUGACUGUGAAUCUUCUUCUGCCAGCACUACGACCUCAUCUUACAUGGAAAUGCCCAAACAGUCUGAGAGAACAGGAAAAUCCACAGUUUCAUCAGAGCUAGGAGUUCAGCAGGAUUCAGUGCUGUCAAAGUACAUUGACCGCUUUCGCCAUGGUCGACCGCAGAGUCGAGAGGAGCGCCAGCAAACGGAUUCUGCUGUUGGGGAGAAGCAGCUGCCUUUUUGGUGGCUGUCAACAUCAUCUUUACCCCCCAGUUCAACACCAACUAAAGGAACAGACAAUGAUGCUGUCCAGCCUCUGAAAGAUGACCACGGAUCUGCCAUUUUCAGUCCAGCUGGACAGCGUCGACGUGACAGAUGCCUCUCCCCAUGCAGAGGAUCUCUUAGUAUUCUGUCGGAUACCACCCAAGGUGAAUUCGAAGACACAGAGAUACUACACCUUCAAGAAAGGGCCAACAGACUUCUGCUGAGAGAUGACUGUACUCUGAGUGAUGGGUCUAUCCAUGUCAGCUCAGAGGGCCUGGGAUGCUCAGAUUUCUCUUCUCCAUUCAGCGUAGAUGAGCCACUGCAAAGACCUUUGAUUCCCAGUAUGAUAAAAUCGACUACUGCAAAGGCCAGCUCAGACUUAGUUCAAGCUGCGUCCUCCCAAAAGUCUUAUACCAUUCCUUCUCUGGUUCCACCCACACGCCCGGAAGAGGACAUCUUGUUCCAGUGGCGUCUAAGGAGAAAGAUGGAGCAGGCCAGGGAGUGGCCCCAGUCCUUGCACCAAUCCGGACUUCAUGGUCCCACAUUUAGCUGGCAAGCCCCCAACUUCAGCCAUCCCUCAGCCAGUGGACAGGCUUACAAGCAACCGCAUUGUUCUCAACCUCCUGAAAUCUCACAAAACGCUACACUUCCACACAUCGCCGCUCCCCAGCCAGAAACCAAAGAAGCCCACGCAUCAUGUCCCCCAGCUUCAGGUCCACCUCUCUUCCCUACCUUUACUAUCUCUGGCUCUGCAGUCUCUCAACCCCAGGCUAUUGCCCAUGUUCCCGCCCACAUGCAUUUACUCUGUGAUGUCUUGCCCUGUCCCAUCCAGUCAUCUCAUGCUAGCUCGCAACAAAACGUUUCACAAAUUAUUGACACGUCUCGGAACAAAGUUGUCCGUAAAAAUACGCAAGUUUCUGGGAACUCAACGGAUACCUUCACUGAUGAGCCUAUUUGCGAACAUGUGCCAUCCCCGCCACCUGUUUCAUCUGGAGUUCCAAAAGGAGAGGGGCCUAGUCACCACAAAAGACCUGAGAGGAACAAGAAAGAGAAAGCCCAGGCAAAAGAGUCAGAGAAGAACGAGAAAAAGACAGCAAUGUCCUUCAGAAAGCAGAAGAAAUCAAGAUAUACUGUGGAUAGGGAACAUGCUGAUGCCACUGGCUCUACAAACAGGAGUUCUUCACAUCAAAGACUUCCCCAAAAGGUUGUGCCGUGGGCAGAGCAGCAGCAACGGGAGGCAAACCAGGCCUCUUCCAGUGAGAGAUGUACUGGUGAUUAUGCACUAGCACCUUCUCCGAUCCACAGUGCCUUAGGACAGGUAGUUUCAGAGGUAUUGUUCCAAACAGCGGAUUCAUCUCCUGCACUAAGGACCCCUGUCGCGUUGGGUUCUCCUCCUUGCGAAGCCUCUGCACCUUCACAAUCCUCAGUUCCUCCGUGCGAUGCCCACAACUCUAUGGAGGUCAUUACACAGCUGCUGCAAGAGGCUGAAGAUUCAGAUGAAAAAGAGUUUGAAGAUGACCCUCUAUUAGAAGUUCUUCGAAAACAGAGAACAUGGGUAAAGGAGCAGAUCAGGGAAGUGGACUCGAUGUUGAAUGAAUUCCCGGAUGAGCAACAAGUUACUUAAACGUUCACAAGAGGCACUUGAUGUAGUCACUUUUUUUAUUUUAUAAAGAAAUAAAGUUUAUUUUUGAAAGAAAUAUUUCCACAUUAAAGAGUUUGGCGAUA